AAUGAUAGGAGGGGGAACCUAUUGAAAAGGAGAAGAAGGGUAGAGAGGUUGAAAGAGAAAAAUCAGGACAGGGAGAUGUGAAAUAGGCAGAAAAAUCAGAUAUGAGGGUGAAAUAAGGACAGGCUGCAAGUAAGGAGUAAUGAGGGGAUAGGGAGAAGGAAAACAGGAUAAUAAAUACCAGGGUAAAAAAUGUGGUGAUAAAUAUUAAUAGAAUAGAGAAGGAUAAAGGGAAGAAAUUUCCCGCAUCUCCUCUGCACUCCUAGCAUUAAAUCAGCUGCAAUGAAGGAUCUCUCAGUUGCCAAGCACCAAUCACAGGUCUGUCAGUAUCCCUGCCUGGCUUUGAUUGGCUGAAAUGUAAAGCCCCAUGGGACAGAGGGAGUGAGAGAGAAUAAAUGAAGAAAAAGCCCCCCUUCCUCUAGCCCAGCUGUGUGACUAGGUUAGCAGCAGCAGAACCAUCACUUUAUCACACACAAGUACUAUAGUAUUAAUUAUACUCAUAUAGCACAACACAGAUAUACAUUUAAUCUAUAUGCAAUAUUCUCUCACAUUCCAAGCCCACCUGUGUAUACCAUACAUGCAGGAUUUCAGCUACCCACACACAUUAUAUAUAUUGUCUCACUUUAAAGAAGACACAUACUGACAAAGCUAAGGGACACACAAGUCACACACAUAAGCAUCAUCAUCUGCAGUCUCCAGCAUGGCUACCCCAACUGAAAGAAGCGACAAAGCCAGCAUAUAUGGGGACAAAAACCCCUUUGUUUACGAUUAUGACACCGUUAGAAUGACUGGACUUAUCCUAGCUAUAGUCAUGUUCGUUUUGGGCAUUGUCAUCGCUCUGAGUAACAAAUUUAAAUGCAAACAAAGGAACGCAAAUGGGUCUCAUUCAGAUGGAAGGCAGCCUCUGCAAACUCAGACUCCAUCAGGAAGUGUAUAGCUCAUCUUUCUCUGAUCCUUGACUUUUGCUGCUGGAUUCUGUCUCUGGAUGCCAAUGAAGUAUUAAGGGAAGGGAUGGAAGGAACCUGUCCCCUCCACACAACGUCCCAAAUAAUGUGUUACAUGCAUGUGCGACUUCUCCCUGCGUGAACCCAUCUCCUACAUGCACACAGAGCUUCCAUCUUUGUUUCCAAAGGGUUGACUCAGAGAGACACAUAUCCUAACUACCUUCCAAAAUACAGAGACAGAGAUUCAGAAGGAAAACAUGAACAGCACCACAGAGAGAUGCAGAGGAACAGAAAGACAGGAGAGUGAGAAUGCGCACACCAGAGGCAGCGAGUAUAGGCAGAAUGCAUGCACCAAACCAUUGAUGUAGGACAUGUUCUGUGAAGGCCCCAAAAUACUUUCAAAGUAACACAGCAAACAAUAUAUUUUGUGGAAACCAUCUAGUAAAGUAAAACACAUUUCUUCUCUAUGUACAAGCUGCCUGCAACUUGAUAUCUAUCCCAGCUUCUUAUGAAAGUCCACAAGAACUUCAACAGUUACAUACAACCUCCAUUUGGUUAAUUCCAGAUGUGAAACCUUAAUAGAUUUAGAUUAGAACAUCCCUCAAGAAUUCAGUCCAAAACCCUUUUCUAAAUGUCUAGUACAGCGACAUAAGCUCUGUGCAUUUGGGUGGUCUCCAAGCAACAUUCUUUAGUCUGCAGGUUUAGGGGUCCCCAGAUUUAAUUUCCAUAUCUCCUCUACAAAUCUCUCUUUUACUGAAUGAGUUGAAGCCAAGGCUGGUGGAUAGUGGAAACACAUCCCCUUUUAACUAUUUGUAUAUAGCAUGUGACAGAAUUAUAUAUAUAUAGAGAUAUAAAUAUAUGGGACAGAUCUAUAUAGAGUAUAAUAGCACGGAAAAUAUUUAAUUGGGUUUUCUUGCUCUCCAUCCCUUAAAGCGACAAUAAAAUUUGAUUUAUUAUA